UUUCCGCAUUGAGGGGCGCCGCACUGAAUGGAGGGGGAGGGGAAGUGUUUAGGAGAAAGUGGGGGCUUUCUGGGUGUUGGGAAACGCCAGCCAGGUGGGUUGAGGGGGUCAGCAGGCGGGGUGCGACCGCUGGCGAGGGACUCAAGGUGUGCACGUGUAAGAGGAGAGAGGGAAAGAGAAAGGUGUUGCAGAGGUAGCAAAUUCUCUCAGCCUGCGAGCCUUCUCCCCGAGGCGACAUAAACACCCCCAAUUUCUCAGCUGUUAAAGGAGGAAGAAGAAGAUCUUAGCAAAGCAAUGUCUCAAGAUGGUGCCUCUCAGUUCCAAGAAGUCAUUCGUCAAGAACUAGAAUUAUCUGUGAAGGAGGAACUAGAAAAAAUACUCAGCACAGCACCGUCACAUGAGUUUGAGCAUACUAAAAAAGACCUUGAUGGAUUUCGGAAGCUAUUUCAUAGAUUUUUGCAAGAAAAGGGGCCUUCUGUGGAUUGGGGGAAAAUUCAGAGGCCUCCAGAAGAUUCGAUUCAGCCCUAUGAGAAGAUAAAAGCCAGGGGCUUACCUGGGAACAUAUCUUCUGUGUUGAACAAGCUGGUGGUGGUGAAGCUCAAUGGCGGCUUGGGGACCAGCAUGGGCUGCAAGGGCCCUAAGAGCCUGAUUGGUGUGAGGAAUGAGAAUACCUUUUUGGAUCUGACCGUUCAGCAAAUUGAACAUUUGAACAAAACCUACAAUACAGAUGUUCCUCUUGUUCUCAUGAACUCUUUUAACACGGAUGAAGAUACCAAAAAAAUACUACAGAAGUACAAUCACUGCCGUGUGAAAAUCUACACUUUUAAUCAAAGCAGGUAUCCAAGGAUUAAUAAGGAAUCUUUACUGCCUGUAGCAAAGGAUGUAUCGUACUCAGGGGAAAAUACAGACGCCUGGUACCCUCCGGGCCAUGGAGACAUUUAUGCCAGUUUCUUCAACUCUGGCUUGCUUGAUACCUUCAUAGAAGAAGGCAAAGAGUAUAUUUUCGUAUCAAACAUAGAUAAUCUGGGUGCCACAGUGGAUCUUUAUAUCCUUAAUCAUUUAAUGAACCCACCCAAUGGAAAACGCUGUGAGUUUGUCAUGGAGGUCACAAAUAAAACACGUGCAGACGUGAAGGGUGGGACACUCACUCAAUAUGAAGGCAAACUGAGACUGGUGGAAAUCGCUCAAGUGCCCAAAGCCCAUGUUGAUGAGUUCAAGUCUGUGUCAAAAUUCAAAAUAUUUAACACAAACAACCUGUGGAUCUCUCUUGCAGCAGUUAAAAGACUGCAGGAGCAGAAUGCCAUCGACAUGGAGAUCAUUGUGAAUCCAAAGACUUUGGAUGGAGGCCUGAAUGUCAUUCAGUUAGAAACUGCAGUAGGGGCUGCCAUUAAGAGUUUUGAGAAUUCUCUAGGUAUUAAUGUUCCUCGGAGCCGUUUUCUGCCUGUCAAAACCACAUCAGAUCUCUUGCUUGUGAUGUCAAACCUCUACAGCCUUAAUGCCGGAUCUCUGACAAUGAGUGAAAAGCGGGAGUUUCCUACAGUGCCCUUGGUUAAGUUAGGCAGUUCCUUUACCAAGGUUCAAGAUUAUCUACGGAGAUUUGAAAGUAUUCCAGAUAUGCUUGAAUUGGAUCACCUCACAGUGUCAGGAGAUGUGACAUUUGGCAAGAAUGUUUCAUUAAAGGGAACGGUUAUCAUCAUUGCAAAUCAUGGUGACAGAAUUGAUAUCCCACCUGGAGCAGUUUUAGAGAACAAGAUUGUAUCUGGAAACCUUCGCAUCUUGGACCACUGAAAUGAAAAUACUGUGUGUGCUGAUUUCUUACAAUGAUGACAUGUUCUCUAGGAUGCUCAGAUAGGCAGGUACUUUACUACAUUACUGUACCCUGCAGAAUUAACUUCUAGAGUUUUCUGCAGUAUGCUUUUAGUCUAAGAAAAGCACAGAUGGAAGCAAUGUUUCUCUUUGAAGAAAAUUCUGAAAGUUAAUUUUAAAAGUGCAAUAUUAUUCAUCUUCAUAUGGGGGCAGCUGUGCUGGAAGAUCUUAACAGAGGCCUCGACGAUCACUUUGAAUUGCUUGUUAUUUCAAAAUUAAAGCUGUGAAGCAAUA